AUGUGGGCUUCAACUUCAAAAAGAGGGUUGUUAAAUACACCUGCCAGAAGUUUGGUAAGGUUUAACUCAACAAAAAAUGGUGAUGCACAAGGUAAGCCCGUCCCUGAGUUCAACUUGAACGAUAUCUUCAAAAGGAUUGACCAAGUUACUACAAAAGCUGCUGAACUAAGCAAACAAAGACAGUUGGGGAAAGAGCCGCAAGGUGUGAAAGCUCGGUCUUGGAAGCCACCGCAAUUCAAGUCCAAACCGCCAAGGUUCCUGCAACAAGGAGCGAGUAAUCAACAGAGACAACAACGUCCGUUUCGUGCCCAAAACCAAGAUUCCCACUCAACCCGUCCGUUUCGUAACCAAGGUCAAGAAAAUGGAACAACAAACGUUCUUCGAGGCAAAUCGGGUGCUUCACAAGGAGCAAGAUUCCGUAAACCUCAAGGAGAACCUACUCAGCAAGCAAAGCCACAACCAUUCGGUCAAACGAUCAACAAAGAAACGGAUAAUGGAUUUCAUAGACAGAACCAAUUUACUACACCCAUCAACUCAAACAACUCCCCAUUUGGAACAGUUUCAGAAACACCUCGUUCUUCAAAAUUAUUUGUGCCAUUUGGGGCAGGAUUUCAAAGACAAGAAUCAAGAGGAAAACCAUGGCAAGGUCGUGGCGAAGCUACUAGAAACAGCGAUAACAAACCUGCAUCCAGACCUUUCAAAAGAAGAGUUGCUGGACAAAGAAGAGAUGGUAGAGGGUCAGCAGGAAGUGAUAAGCCAGCAAUCGCUGCCCCAAUCCAAUCAAAAGAACUAAUUGUUGAAUCUUUGAAGCCUGAUUUGAAGCCAGAACUGUUUUUUUAUGGCAAAGUACCAAGUAUAGUUUCUUCAAUUAGUUCAAGAGUGGCUUCAGUUGCAAAGUUAUCUUUAUUGGACUCGAAAUACCCAUUCAGGUUGCCAAAACAUAUUAUUGAAAGUGCACCAGCUUCAUCACAAAAUAGAUUCAUCUUACAAAAGAAUUGGAAUUUGGAACCAGAUCAAAAAGUGUUGAAGGGUAGAAUUAGUAGUGUUGUUUUAGGCCGUGUUGACGCAAUUGAUUUGAAAGGAAAUAAUAACGCUGCUUCUUUACAAGUUAGUCACGACCUUUCCAUCAAUCCUUCGAUGAACUUGGAUCAAAAACAACAAAUGUUUGACACCAUUCACUCAUUAAAUACGCUCAAGACAAUUUUCAAAGACGCUCACUGGAAAAAAGCUAAAAAGUAA